GCUGUAACAAGAUCAGCACCCACUCUCCUAUGCAGUCAGCAGGUAUUCUGGGACAAAAGCUCAGGUUGAUUGGCAAGAAACCUUAUCCUUAAAGUCUGAGGAACAGAGUACUUUACUGCACUUGCCGUUAGACUGGAGUGAUCCUGAGAUACAUUUGGGCAUAGCUUGGCAUCUGGACCCAGUAACUUCCAAGGCCCUGAAAUUGCUUGCAGACAACAUGCAGGUAACUUUCUGCAGACUUCGGACUCACCAGUGGUGUUUCAUUCUAUUUAAUGUCAUCCUAUUUCACGCCUUGCUUUUUGGGGCUGACUUUGUGGAAGAAUACUUUCUGCAUUCUUUGCCUUACAUAGAUAUGAAAGUUCUUGAAAUUAAGGAUAAGGCAAGAAAAUUGAACAUGGAGCCCCUAAGAAGUAAUCUCUCCAAAUGUUAUGUCCUGAGCCAGCCAGAGAUAUGUAAAGGGAAGAACAUUUUUUUGCUCUCUCUUAUCUUCAGUAGCCCAGGAAAUGGAACAAGACGGGACCUCAUCAGGAAAACCUGGGGUAAUGUGACCAGUGUCCAAGGGCACCCCAUUCUCACAUUGUUUGCUUUGGGAAUGCCUGUUUUGGUACCUACUCAGAAAGAGAUAGACAAGGAGUCCCAUAAGAAUAAUGACAUCAUUGAAGGAAUCUUCUUAGACAGUUCUGAGAACCAAACCCUGAAGAUCAUCGCAAUGACACAGUGGGCUGUGACUUUCUGCCCUAAUGCCCUGUUCAUUCUCAAGGUGGAUGAAGAGAUGUUUGUCAAUCUACCAAGCUUGGUAGACUAUCUUCUCAAUCUGAAAGAACACCUCGAAGAUAUCUAUGUAGGAAGAGUUAUCCAUCAGGUUACACCCAACAGAGAUCCUCGUAGCCAAGAAUUUGUCCCUCUUAGUGAGUACCCAGAAAAAUACUAUCCAGAUUACUGCAGUGGUGAAGCCUUUAUAAUAUCCCAAGAUGUGGCUCGGAUGAUGUAUGUGGUUUUCAAAGAAGUACCCAUUAUGGUGCCUGCUGAUGUGUUUGUAGGAAUCUGUGCUAAGUCCAUUGGUCUUAUACCCAUCCACAGUUCAAGGUUUUCUGGGAAAAGGCACAUCAGAUACAACAGAUGUUGCUAUAAGUUCAUUUUUACAUCCUCAGAAACUGCAGAUGCUGAAAUGCCCCUGGCAUGGAAGGAAAUUAAUGAUGGGAAAGAAUGUACACUGUUUGAGACUUACUAUGGGCUCAUUUCCUGCAAACUUCUGACAUACAUUGACAGCUUUAAACAUUUUCACAUGGACACCAUAAAAAACAAUGUCAUGUAUCUUGCUGAUUAGAAUUUGAUUUUCCUUAUGAAUCUAUUAUUUUAAAAUUACUUUCUACCCUGUUAUAGAAAGCAUGUUUUAUGUAGUUUCCCUGAAUCUUUAAUCAUACUUAGCAAAGGUACAAAAUGUUCUUAGUGCUCUGAUGUGCUCAAUCUUAUUUAGAACCCAUUUUAAGAAAUUUAAGUUGGUGUAGCAUGAUUCUUUUCAAAAUAAAACAUUUCUUUCAGAAGAGAACAUUACAUUUCAUUAUAACCAUAUCUUUUUUCAACUGACAAGUAAAAAUUGUUUUUAUUUAUGGUAUACAAUGUGAUGUUUUGAUAUAUGUAUACAUUCUGCAACAGCUAAAUCAAGCUCUUUAACAUAUGCAUGACCUCACAUUAUCUUUUUUUUUUUUUGGUUUUAUAGUGAGAACUCUUAAAAUCUAUUCUCCUAGCGAUUUUCAAAUAUAUAUUGCUACUAACUGCCAUGACCAUAAUGUACAAAAGAUCUCCUGACCUUAUUCCUCAAGUGUUCCUCAACUGUUCACUGUUCCUUUUUCUGCUUGAUCUAGUCUGCUAUUAAACCCCU